AUAUAUAUAUAUGGAUAUGUAUUGUCAUGGUCACCUAUUCUUAAGCAGAGCGAUAUCUUCUUUCUUUACUCACAACACCUCUUCACCAUUGAAGUUAAAAAUCAUGGCUAAAAAGCUUGAAAUUGAAGUGGAAGUAAGUUCACCUGCUGACAAAUUCUGGGAAAGCAUCAGAGAUUCAACAGAUCUGUUCCCCAAGAUCUUUCCUCAGCAAUACCAGAGCAUCCAAGUAAUAGAGGGAGAUGGGAAGAGCGUUGGUUCUAUACGUGCUCUCCAUUAUGCAGAAGGAAUUCCGUUCGUCAAGUUUGCAAAGGAGAAGAUUGAGGUCGAUGAUGAUGCCAACAAGCUAGUCUCGUACAGUGUGAUCGAAGGGGACAUACUGAACUACUAUACAAGCUUCAGGCCAACUCUUCAGGUUUUAUCCAAAGGAGAUGGGGCUGUGGUAAAGUGGAAUGUGGAGUAUGUGAAGCUGAAUGAAGAAGUUCCUGACCCUGAGCUUAUUCAAGCAAUGGCAACUCAAACUUUUAAAGAACUGGACGCAUAUCUGCUCAAGAACUAGAAGGAACUGCUCGAUCUCAUCUUCGAUCUUAAGAAAAUCAUUUGUAUGAAUAAGAGUGGAAGGUUUUAUGUGUAAUAUGGUGUUCUGAUGGAGUUGUCUGUUGGUGAUUUGCUCUGAACUUGCCCUUUCAAUAUCUCAUUCUAUUAAUAAAUUAUGUUUGCAUGAUA